AUGGAUAAACAAUUAUCGGAAGUUGAUUGGUCUCAAGUAUGCACACCGUUAACACCGAACUUAUUUGAUAAGUACAUUCAUCAAUCUAUUCUUCCUCCUUUGAGUAGUUUAAAUAUUAAUGAAAUUACUUGGAAUGAAUGUCGAACAUUUGCCUUAAAACUUGCACACAAAGGUUUUGAUGAUCCACUUGCAAUCUUAUAUACCUCAUUCAAACGAUUUUAUCCGAGUUGUCCAUCCAUACGUUCAUUCUCUCGCUGGUUGAAGUUAUUUGAAAAAGAUCACGAUGAUUUUAAGAACUACUUCAAACAGUAUUCGGUUCAUUCGUGGAACAUUCAAUCACUUGCGGAGUUAACUGAUUCGAUCGAAAACCUAACAGCAGAAAAUAAUAUUGGCCAAUCCUUUAACAAUUUCGAUCAAAUCUGGUUCUUAUUUUCCAUCUCCAUUCGUCCAUCUGGCAAUGACGUGGAAGGCGCAGUAGAUACAUUGAUUUUAGAUGAUGGCGUAACCCGUUUAUCAGCGAGAAACAAAAGACAUACAACACGUAUGCAUUGCAUAUUCGCAUUGACACCAAGUGGAAAGUUUUCGAAUCAAUUAAUCGUCUGUAAGCAGGUGCGAUGUUUAAAAAACAAUUUUCCAUCAUCAGAGUUUACACGAAUCGUCCAAACACCAACAGGAGAUAUCAGUUACGAAACUAUGCAACAAUGGUUCGAAGAUUUUAUUUCUUUGCCCAAUAGAUCGAAUAAUAGUGCCAUUCUUAUCGAUCCUCGAAUGACUCUUCUCACACCUGAUAUUGAUGUUUUAUGCCAAAAGUCCAAUGUUGAGUUAGUAACGAUCGAUUUGAAUUAUUAUUUGAUUCAUAUUCUUACACCGAUCUUCUCUCUAUUCGAUCAACGAUAUUCUGAAACGAAUCGCGUGGAAAAGAUGUGUUUCAAACCGGCUAAUGAUUUAAAACGAAUCAUUUAUACCAUUUGGUGUUCAUUACGAACACUGAAGCAAAAUGAGCAAAUAUGUCAGAUCUUUAAAGGAACGCCUCUUUGGCGAGACGGCGAUGAAUUGUAUUUGCUAUCAACGCGAGCAGCAGCGCCAUUAAUCGUACCGAAGAAGAAAAAGAAAAAAAUACUUGUGAAAACAGGUAAUAAAAAGAAAUUGUCCUCGUCGAUGAUGAUGACUGAUCCACCAAGUGGGUUAACUCCCGAGCAAAUUCUAUCCUACGUUCUUCAACGGCAGCUGUCGAUUUCCCGUGCAAGUAAAUGUUUAGGCGGGGUGAAACUGGAUUAUUUAAAAUAUUGCCUUUCAUACAAAUCGAAUUCAUCAUUGAUGACUGGUUCACAUUUGGUUCAGUUGAACGCAUUCAUGCAAUCACAAUCGACAGUCGAUUGGCUUCGCCAUUUACGUUCGUUGUACUUCUGGCCAUGUGCAAAGCAAUUGUUUUUACGAGAAAUCUACCAAUUAACUGGCAUUAUUACGCGCAAACGUUCGAUGAAUAUGUGUGCUAAUGGAAGUAUGGGCUCAAUUCGUAGUUGUGAUCUACAGUCACCGGGCAUCUUUUGGCGUGCAUUCGAAGACAUUCAUCAAAUUCAAUUUGAUAACGAGUCAGUCAUCGACGUCGACCAACUACACGACGACUUUCAUCAAUAUCUUCGCGAACAUAAACUGAAUCAAGAGAGCACGCAAUUGUGGACUAUCGAUACAUUCGAAUUUCCUUUGACAAAGAAAUCGACUGUACUUCAGUUACCUGAAUGGAACGAAUUGCGACCGAUGAAUUUAACUCCUAAGGUCACUGUUCUCUACGCAUUUUCCAGUACUGGCCAGAUGACGGAGCCCUAUUUUAUUUUUCCGCUUUCACUUCGCGAUAAUACUAUCACCGAUGGCAAGGAUUCCUAUAAUGAACUGGGUCAUUUGACGCCUCAAAUCUUUCUCACUUGGAUUGAAAAUCAUUUUAGUCAAAAACUUCAAGCUCAAUCUUCUCCAACUGUUCUUGUGUUUUGUUCGCGUUUACCUGUGCUAUCACCGGUACUGGUUUCCUCACUUGAAAAAUAUCAAAUCCACCCGUUUGGUUAUCCUUACACUCGGACAUUACCAUUCCGUUAUCUCUUCGAACGUCGUGUUCGAAAUAAUCGUUCAACGAAUUUAAUCAGUGAACUUUGGAAAAAGAAAUUACUAGAUGAACAACGUACACAUGUCUUGAAAGAUUCGACUUGCACCGUUCAAAACAUCAAACAUUAUUUCGAAGAAGUUUGGUGUCAAAUUCUGCAUGAGAAACGUGAUGACGAUGAUGCAAACGAAACAUUUCAAUCGAAAUGUCAACAAGCAUUUCAACAAGCUAAUAUUCAAAUCAAAAUUCCGAAAAAACGAAAAACUAUUAAAAUCAUCUCACGAAAAUCCGUCAAGCGAACCGAUCACUCUACCAUCGGUAACGGUCAAAUGAUCGAUGAACUCAAUAAGCUAAUCACCGAUACCAACCGUGUGAAAAGUCGUUUUACAUCACACACAGCCACUCAAAUUCUAAAAAUGAACAACCAUCUCCAACCGAAUACAGAUGCUCAAUUACCAUCGACAUUGAAUGGAACGAGUAAUAACAUGGAAAACGUUCAUUCUCCUUCGGCACCAUUCGAUUCCGAUUCUUCAUUCAGUUCGAUUACAUCGUCGUCAACCGACAAACGCACACUCGAUGAAAACGAUCAAUCCAAUUCGACGAAACGUUUACGUUCAUCAUCUACUAACAGCACAAUAGUUAAGAAGUGGAUUCCAUCAAAGCAAUCCGUGGCAAAUAUUGAAUUUCAAUCGACAUCAUUAUUUCAAUUUAUUCUUUCGCUUAUUUCUGAAAUUUUACCUUCGAUUAAUUGUCAAUUUACCGACGAACAUUCACGUUGGAUACAUUCAACACUGAAUUUGUACGGUUAUUAUGAUGAUUGUGACCGACAUAAUUUUCUUAUCGAUAUUGCAUGUAAAGUCGCCAAACUUGAUCGUGUCAGAUGA